AUGAAUACGUACCGCAGACGUGGAUUAGCCAAGGUAAUAGCUGAAAAGGCGUUACUCAGCGAGUCCUUGAAGAACUUAAACAAAGCUACCUGGUACUCUGUGGACAAAUCCCAAUUGGACAACGACGUGUUUUCGAGUUUUGUGCAGAUGCAUGCGGACGCGGACACCGAACGGUUCUUGGACGAUUCGAUCGAACAGAGCGACAGGCUAUUGCCGCAAGUGUGGAAAUCGAUGGUGUCAUCCUUCCUGAACGUGUUCAUGACGAAGACUUCGAUCAACGGGUAA